AUGAAGCGAAUAGUCUGUGCUCGGAAAUCUACUUUGAAGUUGAUGGCUGCAUUGAAAACAGCUGGAGAAAAGCAUCUAUCAUCUUCAAAGGAGGACAAUCUUGCGCAAGAAUUGGAGUCCGAGUACAAUCAGCUUGUCGAUCACUACGAGAAAACGGUCGAGAGUUUAAGAGGCAACAAGACGACCGCUCAGUACGAGUCAGACUUCACGAUGUUUUGGAACUUCAUCACGAAGGCACACGAUCACCAGAAACGGCUGUGGAUGAAGUGCAAGGACUUACAGCAUCUUGCAUCUCUGAAUUCGAAUAAACUCUCGAGUGCCUUGAAGAACGCUCAAUCUGGGCAAGAGUCUGUCGAAGAGUUGAAGAAGGCAUUGGAGGCAGCUUGGCUGACGGUAGACACAACGAAUGCCAGAGAACAAGUGGCCCAAGAAACUAUCGAAGCCUUACGACUACAAGUUGGGAAACUCAAAUCAGAGCUGGAUAUGAAAAACAGAAUGCUUCAGUCUGAAACAGACGGUCCGGCGAUGAAGAAUAAGGAGAUGUUGGCCAGGGAAAAAGAACGGUCCCAAACUGAAGUCAUGAAUCUGAAGCAGAAACUCGAAGUCAUCAAAAGUCAACAGGCAGAGUUAGAAUCGAAGAAAACCAGCACGGAAAACAAAGUCCAAGAACUUCUCGUGGAUAUCGAGAACAAAGACUCGGAGCUGGCGAGGGAAGUGCGGUUGAGGCAGGGCGUGGAGGAAGAACUGAAAAAAGCCAACAAAAAAAUCUUAACACUCAAUGAUGAAGUCACGCAGCUCAACUCACAAUUAGAACUGACGAAAAAGGCGGUGGCGGAAAUCGAGACGAAUCUGAAGCAAGUGACGGCAAUAAACGAGCAUAUCGUGCAAAAGAACGAAGCAUUAUCGACAUCCCUAAUCAAGGCCCAGACAGACUUGCAGAAUAAGUCGGUUAGCCACGACGCAGCCAAUCAGCGCAUCGCUGCGCUGGUCACACAAAUGAAGAUGUUGGACGAAGAUCUGCGGAAGGUGAACGGGGAGCUGCGAAAGACGAACAAGAUGCGCGACACUUUUCAACGGCGGAUCCAGGAGUCGGAAGCGAAGAACAACCUCCUCGUGCAGGACAGAGAGAGACUCCGGCUGAGGCUCGUUGACGUGGAGCGAGAGCGAGAUAUCAUCAUCAAGGAGAAGGAGCAGGAGAUCAAGGCUCGCAAAGCAUUGGUCGUCGAACUGGAGGUAGUCAACAACAAUUUGCUCAAGGCCACGGCUGCCAAUUACGAAGAAGCGAAAAAUCGGAAGAUUCAGGAGCAGCAGAAAAAAGAGGCCGAGUUAAUUCUGGAAAGUGCCAGGGAAGAACUGAACAAACUCAAAGUGGCACAUAACACCAUUGAAAAAGACAAAGAGAAGUGA